CCCCACAGCCCAGUGGAGAACGGUCAGCUGCCAGACCCUGCCAACUGGGGCGUUACCGAUGUCGUCAAUUACUUCAAAGCAACAGGGUUCGAGGAGCAAGCCACGGCUUUCCAGGAUCAGGAAAUCGAUGGGAAAUCCCUGCUCCUGAUGACCCGUAACGAUGUCCUGACGGGGCUGUCGAUAAAGUUGGGCCCUGCACUGAAGAUCUAUGAGUACCAUGUAAAGCCGCUGCAAACUCAACACCUGAAGAGCAACGCCUCGUAGCACCGCAGGCCGUCCUAACACCCACCUCAGUGACAAUCAUCAUGUCAGGCAACUCCAGGUUAGCUGCUAACUCACAAAGACUCCUCUGGCCACAGUGGCACCUUAACAGGAUCUAUUUGAAUGCUGUAUGUUUUAUAAGUUUAUAACUGUGGACCCGAGAAAAUGGGUUGCACAUGGGGUCCACUCAGCUGUUUACCCUAUCAGCCAUUCUUAUUUCUGCAGCUUGAGAAGUGUAUUUUAUUUUUGUGUGUGUUUUAUUUAAAACAAGAAAAUUUAUGGAUGAGGUCCUUCAGGUAUGAUUUUUGUGUGCGCGUACGUACAUGUUCAUGUUUGUGUGUGUGCGCGCGCUCAAAGUGAAUUAACCUAUGUUGGUUUUAAAAAAAAGUAUUUGUAUAUAAGAUUAUAUAUAGUUGAAAACUGUGUUUGACCUGUCGUACCUGAACACUUUGAUACAUGCAGAACGUUUUUCUGAUGCAUCCUAUUUUACCCUAAAACAAGUUUUUAUGCUCUAAACUGCGCAGCUGAGUCCUUGAGUCGUCCUUAGCAUGUAACAAUGAAGCAUUUUGUUUUCCCAGACAAAAGGAGCCAUCUGAAAGCCUUUCUGUUCCUGCACACCUACAUUAUCUAGGCUCAAGGCUCUUGAUAUGGAAAUAUUUAUGUGUAUAUAUUCUUAUUAUGUUCCUACAUGUGGUG